AUGAUGGCCAAGAAGGAAGCCGACGUCGCUGUCUAUGAGAGCCUCGACACGGACGACGAGGAGGACCACGAUCGCCUCCUGCGCAAGCAGCGUACGCCAGCCCACCUGCAGCAUGCCCCUCCUGAUCCUCGAAUUGCCUUCUCUGGGAUAGACGACGCGACUGGCGGCGUGGGCCUUGGCCUUGACGAAGCCAAGCUCGGCGCGCCGUCGCCUGUCCGCCGAGGCUUUGUACGCAUCUACUUUGAGAGCGACAACUUUACGUCCUCGACCGUGCUCCGCGUCGAAGAGCAGACGCUCGUGCGCGAUGUCCGCCAAACCAUGGCCACCAAGCUUCAUGUCUCGCGCAAGCAGCUCGAGUACUAUGCGAUCCUCAUGGUCUUUGCCAGCGGCAAGGGCUCGUCCAUGUCGGCGCGGACGCUGCAGGACGAAGAGUCUAUCUUGCAGGCCCAGGAGCAAUUCCACGCCGAGAGACAGUCGCUGCCCGAGAUUUCGCUGGAUCACAUGGGCCCCGUGCGCGUCAAGCCCCGUCACCGCGCCCGCCAAACGCUGAAAUUUGUCUUUAAGGACACGCGUGCCAAGCCGAUCGACUUGGACGCAGACUUGGAGCCGCGUACGAGCAACACCAACUCGCAAGAUACAGUGUUUGCGUUUCCCCAAAAGCUCGGCCAGGGAAUUCGAUCUGGUACGCUCAAGAAGGCGAGUCUCAAGGACGCCAAUGUCUGGCGCACGCGCUGGUUUGUUCUCAAGGAAGACAAGCUCUUUUACUGCAAAUCGGAAAUGAACCAACGCGACAUUACCGCCAUUCCGCUUCUCAACUCGUGCAUCGUCAAGGCCGACGUGCAAAUCCCGCACUGUUUCGAACUCCACACGUCACGCCGCGUCUACCGCCUCUGCGCCGCCAGCGACGACCUCAUGGUCGGCUGGAUCCACGCGCUUCACCGGGAAAUCCGUCUCUGCAGCGAGAACCAAGCGCUCUCCAAGGCCGAAAUCAUCAUUGUCGACGAGACAGUCACGACGUGCGAGCUCCAAAACACAGCGACGCCAUUCGCGGUCACGGGGAUUUUAAGCAACCCCGUCCUUCGCAAGCUCUUUCGUGAUUACACGGUCCAGCACUUGCCGGCCAAGACGGUCCUCCUCGACACAUGGACCGAGUGCGAAGCAUUUCGCCACAAUGGCAUCACGCGCUAUCAACACCACAUCAAUCCGUCCGUGACCAACCCGACGCUGCGGUCGACGGCGCGGGACGA